AGUAUAGGUCUAUAAGCCUAUUAAAAUGUUGACAUCAAUGACCAUCAGGCUGUUACCAUGAAGUCUAAUUUAACACAUAGGAAGGAAUUCUGCAGGUUUAUUGUGGGUCUGCACAACUGACAAAAUCCUUUAAACUGUGUAAUGUAAAUGAAAAGAUGAAAAUGAAAUACUGUUAUUGAGUUGUUUUAUAGGCUAUACCAAAUGCAUGCUGGCAUUCUGUCCAUUUCAGCAUUUUCUACAGUUUUCUCAAUUUAACCCCUUAUCAAGCAGCAGUCAGUCAUCACAAACUCAUGCCAUGCAGCCAAACAUAGUUCAGAUGCAUUGGAUUAUAUUUGGAAUUCUAGUGGAGACCCCAAAUAUACCUGGUCAAGGGCGGCUAUUUCAUGUCACCAUUGGUGGGGACAAUCAAAGCUGUCAGCUUUCUCCUUGCGGGAGAUUUUUAGAAAUAAAGUCGCAGAGGGCAUGAAAAAGGCAGACAGUGGACAGAAAUGUAUAAAUAUGAGGGGGGAGGACAUAUUCUUUCUAAAAAAUGCAAUAGUAAUAGAGAACAACAGCUGGAUUUUGCUAGGUGGAAGGGUAAACUGCAAGUUUACCCAAGCCUAAAUUAAUAAUAAGAUGUACGGUCCCAGUUGCUCUAAGAUCCUGUCACAACCACCAAUGUUACAAAAAAAAAAGGUUUUGGGUCAGUUUACACCAACAGUUAUGCAACGUUUAUACUAAAUCAAUGAAUAACCAAUGUUUCCCCACAGUUCUGGACAUCUAUGGAGCUGUGUGGUCCCAACAUGAGUGAGAGUGGAGGCACACUGUGCCAGGUGAAGCAGCGUCCCCGCCACAGUGCCCCACUUUGUCACCUGCAGGCCAGUGGACACCACAUGCACAACCUCCCCCACCAGCCGUGGGUCAGCCACCCAGCUCCGGCCAUCGCCUCCAGCCCGACCGAGGCCAUCUGCCAUAGGGUAAAUGGAUCCAUGGCGACCAGCUACAGCAACCCAGGUAGUGCGGCCUCCAGACUGGGAGAGGAGGCAGCACCGGCCCGCGGUGUCUCCACAGGGAAGGUGGUGGUGACAGGAGGAGGUGGAUACUUAGGGUUGAGGUUGGGAAAAGAGCUGGCCAGCCAGGGAAUGUCAGUGAUCCUUCUGGACAUGAACAAGCCUCCCUGCGAUAUCCCUGAUGGAGGCAUCUUCUAUCAGAGUGACAUCCGGGACUAUUCAUCCCUCCAUAAGGUGUGUGAAGGAGUUGACUGUAUAUUCCACACAGCGUCUUACGGCAUGACCGGACCAGAACAGCUGAGGAAAGAGCAAGUGGAGUCAAUCAAUGUUGGAGGGACCAAUAAUGUCAUAAACGUGUGUAAGGAGAGGAGCAUCCCCAGGCUGGUGUACACCAGCACUAUCAAUGUGGUGUUUACGGGGAAACCAAUUGAAGAGGGCGAUGAGGCUUCAGUGCCGUCUGUGCCCCCCGACAUACACAUCGACCACUACUCCAGAACUAAAGCGAUUGCAGAGCAGAUGGUCCUCUCUGCCAACGGAUGCUCCCUGAAAGGCGGAGGCCUGCUUCGGACCUGCGUCCUGCGACCCUGUGGCAUCUAUGGACCAGAGGAGAGGAGACACCUUCACAGAGUGGUGGUGAAUGUGGAGCGUCGGUUGUUCAGUUUCAGGUUUGGGGACCCCCGGGCCAGUAUGAACUGGGUACAUGUAGAUAACCUGGUGCUGGCGCACACGCUGGCAGCUGAGGCUCUUGCACUGCAGAGGAGCUGUGUCGCUAGUGGACAGGCCUAUUUCAUUAAUGAUGGCGUUUCAGUCAAUCUCUUUGAGUGGUUGACACCGUUGUUUGAAAAGCUGGCCCACAGCAGACCGUUGAUUAACCUACCUGUGACACUCGUCUAUUCAGCAGCCAUCCUGAUGGAAUAUUUGCACGUAGCUCUGAGGCCUGUGAUAGAAGUGCCUCUCCUCUUUACCAGAAGUGAGACACAGCCUGAUACUUGGAAGAAAGAAAAAUGCUUUAUUUUUAUAAACUCAAAUGCCUCACAAAGGUCUUUUAACAUUCUGACCUGAGUGAACAAUGAUGCAUUAAGGAUCAUGAUGACGUGACCAUAGUGUUGAAAGUUACAACACUGUGGAGCGUGUGUGGACAUAUGCAUCCAUAUGUACCUACCUAACUGAAUACUGUAUGUGUCUCAUGUGUUGGGUAUGGGUUACCUGCUCUCUGAUGAGUAGAUUCUUGUUUAAGUCUCUCCUGCAACAGUGAAGACAGACUUCAUUAGGGCGGGUAUUUUCCUAUCAACCCCCUGCUCUCCUCCACCAUCAUCUGACACUAUCUCUUGUGCAUGAAUUAUGGAAAACCAAAGGGAGCCUUUAA